CGUUAUUACGUUUCUUCCACUUAAAGGUGAGAUUUCAGAAUAUUCAAAAUAAGUGAUAUUUAUCAAGAAUCAAUAUAUAUAUUAUAAUAAAACAUCUAAAAAAGUUUGUCACCCGAUUUAUUUAUUAAAUCAUGAAAAAUAUCGAGAUCAAAUAUAGUUAAAAACAUCGUCUGCUAUUCUGAGUCAGUGGCACACUGCCUUCGGUAAUCAUCGGCUCUUUCCGGAUUCGUGACGUCACAGUUGUCAAACAAUACUCGAGGUCACUACAAAGCAAUUGAUAAGUUGAGAGUAUUAUUCGCGUUUUAUUCAUUGGAUUUGACCCAAUAUCAUGGUGUAUUGUUCGGCAGUUAACUGCCACAAUGGAUCUGGAAGUGGCAGAUCAUUUCACGCGUUUCCGAAUGUGAAGGAUAAGAAGGAACUUCGCGAGAAAUGGCAUGUAGCGAUGAGGAGGCAAGGCGAUCGACCGGGGAGUGUUUGGCAGCCGAGUACUUGGGCAAAACUUUGUUCCGAUCAUUUUUUACCGGAGGACUUUGUUAUGCCGCCGGAUUUCUGUGCCAGUAUAAAUUACAAAUUAAAUGUUAAACCACAGCUGAAGGAUGGUGCAGUACCAAGUCGUUUUACCCACUCUGGUAUACAGGAGAAAAAACAGCGAAGAGGUGCUCUGGAGAAACGCCGUCGACUAGAACAGAGUCAGAUGGUUGAUGAUCUCAUCAACAAAAGUUUGAGUGAAGAUGCAUCUGCUGAAAGUGAAAUGAUGAUGGACAUGAUGGAGGAGCAUGACGAGGAUCAGGAGGAUGUGACGCAGCCUGAAGAUAAUUCACCUCAACAUGUUGGGACUCAGUUUCAACCACAUUGUCUCCCAGCUGCUUCCCAGACAAUAUGGUACCGUAGACAUAUUGGAGUGCAGACCUGCAACCCCUACUCCAGUAAAACCAAGGGCACCCAGUGUAAUUUGCCGCCAAAGCCAGAGAUUCCCCAGCUCGGACAAAAUGAAAUGAGCAAGAUGACAAGCUGCACUCAGACAGAACCAGUUCUCAACACAUCGUCAUCUGUUCAGUGUUGUCUCAUUGGAGAACCUUUGGUGUUUGAUGUUGCUGCUCAGGAGACCGACUCAUCUGAUGAUGAGAUGCAGUGGGAAGAUAAUGAUGAUGAAGAUUACUUGCCGUCCUCUGCAUCUGAAGAUUCUUGUAGCGAUGAUGAUGAGCCAGAGGAGGAUUGGGUCACUAUGGCUGAUGAAACAUAUGAUAAAAGGCCUGAGAAGAUGAGAAAAUUUAUUGUCUUCGAAUCUUGUCUUCGAACAUUGAUGUCUGUCUGUAUGCCAUAAACAGAUCCUGGGAGUACAAACAAGCUGCCUUGUUAAAGGAGGUUCAAGGGAGAGAUGUCACUGCUGGUGGUGAUGGGCGUU